AUGGCAGACGGGCCGCAGGAGAUGGAGAACCCGCACGAGAAGGUGCAGGUCGGGAUCCUGGCGCGGAUUGUGGGCAACGUGGAGAGGUUGAACCAGAGCGUUGCGACUUUGAAUCAGGAGCUGGAGCGGAUCAACACGCGCAACCGCAACCUGGAGCUGAUGGGCCAAAUGUGCGAGCACUACGGACGCGCGACAGCGUUCAACUUGAAGACUACAGGAAACCGGCAGGGGCCUGUGUAG